AUGGAUUAUCAUUUCUCUUUCGUAGCAUCAAACAAUAAUUUAAAGGGAAGUACAUUUGAAUCGAUCAAAAAAGUCGCAGCAAUUAGUCUACCGGAUGACUUCAACAGUCGCGAAGAGCGAUAUCCUGCAAAUAUUUCAUUUCCGAAUAAAAAUUUCGCAUUCAUAUCGAAUGGUUAUGGACAACUUUCGCUCUAUUCAACUGGCGAUCGUAGCAAAAGCGCAGUUUGGGAGGAAUGUUUGGAUGUGAGUAAGUUACUGAACACAAACGACAAUAAAUCAGCGGCGUUCAUAAUCGCCGAAAGUGUGUCGUUGAAAGAGGAUUGUGUGGAUGUGUUGCUGAGGAAAGUGAUACCGAAGGAGAGACACUCAUCGAAAUCACAUUUCUGGAAUAAACUUUUGUGGAUUUCUUUGACUUAUGGGCAUAUUGAAAUGAUAACGUUUGAUUCGUCGAUAAACAAUCUGAUAGUUGACAGUUGUGGUGAUGUGAACUUUGUCUAUGAUUCUGCUCAGAAGAUAUCCAGAAAUCAUAGAACAUCGUUAGUGGAAGAUGAAAGUGGACAGAUUGUGGAAGAAUCAAUGGAAGAAGAUAAAAAGCUGUAUUGUUGGAUGCAGUCGGAUGAGGAUGUGACAGUGGUGUUCAAUAUAGGUGAGGUGAUACAUAAAAAGGAUGUGUCGUUGACGAUGAGCUCAUCGAAAAUAAAAAUUACCAUCAAAGGAGAGUUGUUGCUUGAAGGUGAAUUGGGCGGUGUGAUUCAUGUGGAUGGAUCCACGUACACGAUUGAUAAAAACAUGUAA